AAACUGCAUUUUACACUCUGAACUGAAUCGUCUCUUUCACUUUCAAAGCGAGAGAACAGAGUAGCGUGGUGAAGAAGAGAAAACCUCAAACACUGUAUUCAAAUUUCUAGGGUUCCGUUCUCGGUUUCGAUCUUCGGCUUCGCAAUGCAGAAGCUAGGAUUUCCAAUCUCCAAGAGCCUCGACCAGUUCAAAUCGCUAUACGGUUCUGCAUCUGGAACUGCAAAACCGUUACACUCUUCGCGUCCUUCCGCAGAUUCCAUAGCAUCUGGAAGUUUCGCGAAUCUGAAGCUCACUGCAGAGAAAUUGGUGAAAGAACAAGCUUCGGUGAAGACUGAUCUUGAGAUUGCGAACACUAAGCUGAAGAAAUCGUUGGAGAAUGUGCACGCAUUGGAGGAGAAAUUGCAGAAUGCGUUUAACGAAAACGCGAAGCUCAAGGUGAAGCAGAAGGAAGAUGAGAAACUCUGGAAAGGACUGGAAUCGAAGUUCUCGUCUACGAAGACUUUGUGUGGUCAACUUACUGAGACUUUGCAACAGUUGGCUGGUCUGGUUCAGGAUGCUGAGAAAGAUAAGGAAAUGUUGGAAAAGAAACUGUCUUCAAGUUCAGAAGCUCUUGAUGAUUUGAAUAAACAGAUGGAAGGAUUGUCUUUGAAACUAGAUUCUGCACAGGAAACAAUUAAAACUCGUGAUUAUGAGCUAGAGAAGCUCAAAUUUUCUGCAGAAGAAAGAGAGAAGUUUCAUACAGAUGAACAGUGCAGAGCUGCCAAUGUUAUACAAGAGAAGGAUACUAAAAUAAAAAAUUUAGAAGAAAUUAUAACAGCUGGUAGAUUGGAUACAGAGAACUUGAACACAAAGAUAAGAGAGGUUCAACUUCAGUUAAAAGUCAAAGAAGAUGAAAUUAUGCAUCAUUUAACCAGUCUGGAGACGUUGGAGAAAGAGAAGAGUGAUCUUCAACUGUGUAAUGUUCAGCUUACUAAAAAGCUUGACAUGUCACUUCAGGAAAUAAAAAACCUUGAAAGAGCACAUCAGGUGUUGACUGAACACUUGUUAAAUUUAGACAAAGAAAGCUUGAACCUUUGGAGCAAGUUUGAUGAAAUGAACUCUCUCUAUGCUUCUUGCUUUGAGUUGGUCCAGCGGGAGAGAGAAACUUUCUCUAAGCAUGCUCAAAACCAGUAUGGUGAGCUUAAUCAUAGAUUCUUGAGCUUGUCAUCAGAAAAGGAUGAAAUUCAAAUGAUAAAUCACGAGUUAAGAAAUAGUGUAAAUGAACUUCAGAAAGUCCACAACUCUACUGUAGUCCAACAUAAGGAGGACUGUCGAUUAGCAGCUGAGAGAAUUCAGCAUUUGGAGUCAGAGGCUGAAACUUUAAUCUCUAAAAAGGCAGAAGCUGAUGUCAUAAUUUCCAAAUUAGAGGGGAAAGCUGACACUCUGUUAGAAAACUCUAGGUCAUCAGAGAACCAAAUGCAAGGUUUGCUUCUGAAAGUUUCAGCAUUAGAGAAUGAAAGCAAAGAAAAUAUGGAACGGCUGGAAGCAGAGAUAUUGAAGAAGUCAGAGGAAAUAGAUACUUUGCAAAAGGAGAUAAUAAAACUCGAGCAGCAUGCAGAUUCUGUUGAUAAAGAAGUCACCCAGCUGCAUAACACAUUAGAGGAAAAAGAGCAGUGUAUAUUGCAGAAUAUGCAACAGGAAAAGAAGCUGGGAGACCAGCUUAUUGAGAAUCAAUCAUUAUUGACUGCUGUUGAGAGUAAACUUUCUGAAGCUAGAAAGCAAUAUGAUCAAAUGGUGGAAAAUAAGCAGUUGGAAUUGUCCAAGCAUUUAAAAGAAAUAUCUCAGAGAAACGAUCAGGCUAUUAAUGACAUUAGGAGGAAGUAUGAGUUGGAGAAGAUGGAAAUUGCCAACAUGGAAAAAGACAAGGCGGACAAGGCUAUUGCAGAAAUUGAGGCAAGGUGUAACAAACAACUUGAAGAAUGCAAAGAAGAAUCAAGGCAGCACUUGAUGCGCAUUCAAGAAGAACAAACUCAGCUGGUUACGCAACUGCAGGAGGAGCACAACAAGAGACAACUAAGCCUGAUAGCCGAGCACAAUGAACAGCUAAAGCGUACCCAACUUCAAGCUGAAAAUGAACUGAGAGAGAAAGCAAUGUUCCUAAGGAGUGAUCAUGAAGCUCAGAUGAAAGCAUUGAAGUGUGAGCUUGAAGACGAGUGUCGGAAGCUUGAAGAGGAGUUGCAUCUUCAGAAAUCAAAAGAAGACAGGCAAAGGGCUUUGUUGCAGUUGCAGUGGAAAGUGAUGAGUGACAAGCCAAAAGAGGAUCAAGAAGUGAAUUCAAAACAGGAUUACUCCAUCUCCUCAAUUAAGAGAAAGAGUUCUUAUGCUGGCAAAAUAAAUCAGCAUGACCCAGACUCUCCUUGCUUUGAAGCAACUGAACCACAAGUGCCAAAAUUGGUGAAGAAAGUGGAGAACGUAAAAACAGGAACUGCAAUGAAUAUUCCCAAGCAUCAUACAAAGGUAACUCGCCGUGAAUAUGAAGUUGAGACAUCUAAUGGAAGAACGAUUACAAAGAAAAGGAAAAGAAGUACUGUGUUGUUUGAGGACCCAAGAAAACAAAAGGUAAAGACACCAAAAACAAAUACCCCUGGAACUGUUGUUAAGAAACAGAGCAUGAAGGGAGGAGGUCAUAAUCGUCCUUCAAAUAUUGGUGAUCUGUUUUCAGAAGGAUCUCUGAACCCAUAUGCGGAUGAUCCCUAUGCAUUUGAUUAGAGAAGAUAGAGGAUAACCCUUGCGGGCUGUGGCUCUUAGUCAGAGCGUAUGGCAUCUGAUUCUUGGGAUCUUGUAUGUUGGAUUUUUGCCAACUAUCUUACAUAGGCUUUUAGUACUACUGGAAUUCACAUUGCUUGUCAGCAUGGGAAUAACUGUUUCUCCUGAUUGGGUUAUUUUUCUUGUUGCAACAAUCAAUGCUGAUGUUAAAACACAAACAUUAUCUUCACUUCCCAUAUACCUCAUUCACCAUAUAUGAUAUAUCACAUCUUUCACUUUUC